AUGUGCCAACACCCACUCCACGAGUUCCUCCAGGGCCUGCCGAAAUGCGAACACCACGUCCAUCUGGAGGGGUGCUUGACCCCCGAGCUGAUCUUCCAGCUGGCCGAGCGCAAUGGUAUCACCCUGCCCGACCCAGCCACCAACCCAGCGUACGCCUCAAUUGAAACCCUGGCGGCGCGCUAUGAGCGGUUCACCUCGUUGGACGAUUUUCUGUCUUUCUACUUCGAGGGCAUGGCCGUGCUGCGCAGGGAGCGCGAUUUCUCCGACCUCGCCUGGUCGUAUUUCCAGCAAGCCCACGCAGACGGCGUGCACCACGCCGAAGUCUUUUUCGACCCGCAAGUGCAUCAAAGCCGCGGUGUUCCAUACGAGACCAUCGUCGCCGGCUUCGCGGAGGGGUGUCGACGUGCAGAGCAGGAGCUGGGGAUAUCAACCCGCCUGAUCCUCUGUUUCGUGCGCCAUCUGUCCGUCUCCUCCGCGAAACAAGUCUAUGAGGAACUCGUGCAGCACAAGCACGUUGAACUGGGUGUCAUCCACGGCCUGGGCUGGUCCUCCACCGAAGUUGGUCCGCCCAAGGACAUGUUCCGCGAGAUCUACGCCUCGGCCGCGGAGAAGGGGAUCCCCCUGACCGCGCACGCAGGCGAGGAAGGCGACCCGACGUACAUCAGCACCGCGCUGGAACUGGGCGCACAGCGUAUCGACCACGGGAUCCGACUGAUCGAAGACCCGGAGCUGAUGAAACGUGUCGCGCGGGAGGGGAUCCUCUUGACGGUGUGUCCGCUGUCGAACGUGCGGUUAAAGUGCGUUCCGGACGUGUCGCAUGUGCCCAUCCGCCGGUUUUUGGAGGCGGGCGUCAAGUUCUCGAUCAACAGUGACGACCCGGCGUAUUUUGGAGGCUAUAUCCUCGAUAACUACUGUGCGGUGCAGGAGGCAUUCCAGCUGAACGUGCUGGAGUGGCGCAUUAUCGCGGAGAACAGUGUGCAGGAGAGCUGGAUUCCCAAUGAGCGCAAGGCGCAGCUGUUGGAGUCGAUCCAGGCACAUGUGAAGAAGCAUAUGCGGCCCGUGGAGGCAUAA